AUGUUGUCCGUCGGUCAGGAGGACGCGCCCAGGGUCGAUCGCGUUGAUGCGAGCACUUUUUGCCCCCCGCCUGGCACCAAGCUCGCGGUGGACAUCGAUUGUUCGAUAUCCUCGUAUCCCGUGCUGUUGUGGGGAGGCUACAUUUUCUGGCCGUUGUCGUACAUUGACAAUCGCAUGUCCAUGGCAAUAGUUCAAACAAACGCGACAGGCGCUAUCAUCAAGACCGUGGAGGCAACUGGUGCUCGGUAUAUCAACAGCAUCCAGAUCGAUACUGCCAACAAGAGAGUGGCCUUCGUUGGCCAGGCUGGAAUGGUUGCUAGUCUGUCUUGGAGUGUUCUCCUUGCACCUCCAAGUAUCAAUCUUGGGCAGUUUGCGACUCCAGUUCAGUCGGCAACUCCUCCUGUAGUAGUCAAGAAUGAUGACACCGAGACCCCAUUUCCACCAUCUCAUCGCCAUGAAUUUGAGAUAGGGAUAAUCUGCGCCUUGGAGACGGAGUUCGAUGCUGUUACCCCGCUCUUCGAUCAAUACUGGGACGAGGAUGGCGAUCGCUACGGCAGGGUCUCGGGGGAUCAAAACACCUACACAACCGGCAGGAUAGGCAAAUACAAUGUGGUCCUUGCCCUCCUACCAGGUAUGGGUAAAGCCAGCGCAGCAGGAGCAGCAGCAAACUUCCGUUCCAGCUAUAGAGGCGUGCAGCUUGCUCUUCUUGUGGGCAUUUGUGGCGCUGUCCCGAAGAAUGCAGAAGGUAAGGAUAUAUUGCUGGGUGAUGUCGUGAUAAGCCAACAUGUAAUUCAAUACGACUUUGGGAGACAGCUGCCGGACGAAUUCAGAAGGAAAGAUACACUGCAGGACAGUCUUGGGAGAGCCAAUGCGGACAUCCGCGCCUUUGUGGCGACAUUAAGGACGCGAAGAUUUUUGCAGCUUCUUCAGUCGAGAAUGUUGCUCCACCUUAAAGAUCUCCAGAUGAAGGUUGAUGAUGGGGAAUACGAGUGUCCUGAUAUUGCGGAAGACCGACUGUUUCAGCCUACCUAUCGCCAUAAACAUUCCGAAGAUCAAAACUGUCAAAUUUGCAACCGGUGUACCGGCAAAUCGGAUCCUGUUUGUGAAGAAGCUCUCGAGUCCGCAUGUGCAAAUCUGAAAUGCGAUGAGAGCCAGCUAGUGCCAAGGGAGAGACUUGCGCGUAUACAAGUCUCUCAGAACCCCGGUAACGCGCAUAAGCCUGCUAUACACUUUGGGCUGAUUGCAUCUGGGGACAAAGUCAUGAAAUCCGGGGAGGAGAGAGAUAGGAUUGCUGCAAUCGACAAAGUCAUUGCCUUUGAGAUGGAGGGAGCAGGUGUAUGGGACAACCUGCCCUGCAUCAUCAUCAAAGGCGUCUGUGAUUAUGCGGACUGCCAUAAGAAUAAGAAGUGGCAGCACUACGCUUCGGCCACUGCUGCUUCUACCAUGAAAGCUGUUUUAGAACGAUAUAUUCAAAUGGACAGACGGUAA